AUGGAUGAUAGAGUAAGGUUAAAAGUAUAUUAUGAUGGCCAUAUUUUAUUACAAACAUCAGAAGAAGUGAAAUUUGUGUGUGAUAAUCCGUUAGAUAUUGUUAUUCCAUUCACAUUGUCAUUUGAAGAAUUAAAAGGGAUCAUAUGUGAGAAGAUGGAUUUUGAAAUAUCUAGGAGAGUGUCGUGUAUUCUGUACAGAUAUCCUAUAUCUGUCUUUGGUGGGUUCGUGCAAUUUCAAACGAAAUACGUGACCGACGAGGUGAGCAUGCAAGAAAUGUUUUCAGUGUAUCUUGAAAGUCGGUCGCGAAUGACGUUUAUCGAAUUGUAUAUCGAGUUCGAGCAAUCUGCAGCGGACCGAGAUAUUGAAUUGGAAGAGUACAACAGUGAUAGUGAAGAAGACUUCGAAAGUAACUACGAGGUCGUUGAUCCAGGUGGAAACGAAGAUGAAGCUGACGAGGCUAUGGUGGCAGAUGUAGCGGACGUGGCAAAUGCACUAGCAAAUCAGCAGCCGUUUGUGGAGCCAAGUUUCAUGCGGUCGUUGGAUUUGGAUGCCAUGCAUGCACCGGAGUAUCCUCAAUAUUUAAAUGCAGGACAAAUACUUAAGACAAGGCAAACUGGCUCGGCCGGUACUACCGGGGCAGACAUUGGGACAGGGUUGGUUGGUUCGACCGGACCGGACUGUUUGCCCAGACCGGACCGGCCGGUUCGACCAGACCGGACCUCUCGGUCUAACCGGACCUGCCGGUCUAUAACAGAGCUUCCCCUUAUGCCGGAUGGUGAAUUUACUGUGGGGAUGGAAUUCAGUUCUAGGGAGGCAGUAAUUAAGGCGAUGAAAGAUUAUACAAUCCGCAGAGGUGUGGAUUAUCGGGUGCAUGAGUCAGAGCCGACGACAUUCUAUGCUAAAUGCACCCAGUAUGGUGCAGGAUGUGAUUGGCUGAUAAGGGUGAGCAAAAUGUCCAGAAAGUUCUGUUGGGAGAUAAGGAGGUACAACGGUAGUCACACCUGUACUAGGGCCACCAUUUCUCAAGAUCAUUCGAAGCUAGAUUCCAACACAGUUGCAGAAGCAAUAAAGCCGUUGGUAGAAGUUGACCCGUCUAUUAGGGUGAAAUCAGUGAUUGCGGAAGUACAGUCAAAGUUUAACUACACCAUUAGUUAUCGCAAAGCAUGGUUGGCUAAACAGAAGGCAGUGGAGUCAAUUUUCGGAGGGUGGGAAGCUUCGUACGAAGCCUUGCCGAUAUGGUUUGAGGCCAUGUGUCACAAGGAGCAACACGCAGUUGUUCAUUUUGAAACAAUGCCUGCGUACCAGGGAGAUGACUUGGUUCCUCAUUGGAACAGGACGGUCAACGCCGCUCUGUAUGAUACCCCUCGUGGCAUCAUCACUCAUACCAGAGUCAACAGAAAAUCUCCCUCCGGAUGUACCAGAGGAAGUGUGCUAUCGUGGUCUCGUAUCCAAUGA